UGGCGUUGGACUUGGCUGAGAGCAAAGCCAUCGCGGGGAAAAUCCGCGGAGAGCACCCAAAAUCGCCAUCACAAAGACAACUACUUAACCCAUGUAGUGCCAGUUGGCUUCCAGUGCGGGAGCAAAGCGCAUCUGCUGGUUUCAUUCCAUCAAUCACUGAAUGUACGAUACUAGAUUGCGUUUCUUGAAUUUCUUGUCCCUUUUCUUCUUUCCAGAGUAAUUGUUCUGCUUCUGCUUCUCUUCAAUCCUUGCUGUCCACGAUGACGUCGAUUGCCGAUGAAUCUGUAGCGACCAUCCUCUGCACCUCAAAGCAGACGCGCUUUCACAUCGAGUCGCCCAAUUAUCGCGAGCUCGACAUCGAAGGCAUCUCCAUCACCGUCACUUCGGGCAGCAAGGCCAGCGGCAAGUCUACGGCAAAGAGCAAGGGCAAGGCAAAGGCUGAGGGCAUUGAGAUCCUCACUAAUGCCAAAUUGAGGCUGAAGGAAGGCCAACGGUAUGCUCUUGUCGGACGCAAUGGGACAGGAAAAUCUACGUUGCUCAAGGCUAUUGCGGAGAAGCUCAUCCCUGGAAUCCCCGAGGGAACCAGAAUAGCACUUCUGCAGCAAUCUAGACUCGUCGGUGAGAAUUCCGAUGGAAAGCCUGCCUCUGAAGGUGGCUCUGCCGCAAGCGUCUUGGAAGAGGUGAUUGAGCGAGCUACGGCGAAGCAGACUGUUGAGCAGGAGAUAAAGGUCCUAUCCGAAGGCGUCAAUGCCUCGGAUUCAUACGCCCCGGUUCGAGCCUUACGCCAGUUAAAGCAUCACCGCCACCAGCAACGUGUCUUCCGACUCGACAAGGACGCCAGACUUCGCAGUGGCGCUCGUGGACUGCAGGCGCGUAAAGCAUUGGUGGCAUACGAGAAAGUCGUUGCCGAGUCCGGCAUUGUCCUGUGUAGUUUGGAGCAGGCGAACGACGACAUCACGCCCGAUAUCCUCCAAGCGGAAACGCAGGAGGCUAUUGAUAUGCUAGCCGAUCUUCAGAUCCAGGUCGAUCCCUCUCACGUUGCUGAGACGGAGUCGCAGGCCAAGAGGAUACUCACUGGUCUUGGGUUUUCAGAGUCGCUCAUGGCGAAGCCCAUCACGAGUCUCUCGGGUGGAUGGCACAUGCGCGCAUCCCUCGCAACAGCUCUGCUCCAGGAGACAGACAUUCUUAUCCUCGACGAGCCCACCAACUUCCUCGACCUCCUGGGUAUCAUCUGGCUCCAGCGCUACCUCCAAGGUCUCGAGGAUACGGACAAGGCCCCGACCCUGAUCCUCGUCUCCCACGAUCGCGACUUCAUUUCCGUCUGCACUGAUAUUAUCAUUUUGAAGGAUAAGCAGCUUACAUCUUUUCACGGUGAUCUUCCCACCUAUGAGGCCUCCCAGUCGGAGCGUAAGCUCUGGCUCACCAAGAUGAAGGACGCUCAGGACAAGCAGAAGGCACACAUUGAAAAGUCCAUUGCCGCCAACAUCAAGGCCGGCAAGGCCAACGACGACCAGAACAAGCUCAGACAGGCAAAAUCCCGACAGAAGAAGCUCGACGACCGCUGGGGCCUGCAAGUCAGCAAUCGCGGCGGCCGCUUCAAGCUGAACCGCGACCUCGUGGGAUUUCACCUCACCGCUCGCGAGGAUAUUGAUAUCGCCCCCGAGGACCGCCCCGUCGUCAUCUGCCUACCAGAGACCCUCGACUUGCGGUUCCCAGGGGCGCUCAUCUCCCUCGAAAAGGUCGCAUUUCGAUACUCGCCCAAGACCCCUCUCGUGGUCCAGGAUAUCACCCUCUCCGUCAGCAUGGGCGACCGCAUCGGCAUCUUGGGCCUGAACGGCGCCGGGAAGUCCACGCUAGUAAAACUGCUAGUUGACGAAACCCGGCCGUCCUCCGGCAUAGUCACCGCCCAUCCGCGCCUGAAGCUGGGCUACUACUCCCAGCACGCCGUCGACGCUCUCCAGGCCAUCGGGCGCGAAGAACCAGGUCUCACAGCUCUAGCUCUUCUCACUCGCGAGGUUGGAGCGCAAACUGAUGAGAUUAACGAGGGGGAACUCCGUGGCCUCUUCGGCAAGCUCGGCCUCCCCGGCCAUUUCGCCUCCGACGUGCCUCUCAUGAAGCUCUCAGGUGGCCAAGUCGUCCGCGUCGAACUCGCCCGGCUGCUGUGGCGACAACCUCACUGCCUGAUCCUCGAUGAAGUCACCACACAUCUCGACUACGAGACGGUGACGGCGCUGCGGGAGGCGCUGCGUGAUUGGGAGGGCGCUGUCAUCCUUGUGAGCCACGACCGAUGGUUCAUGCGAGGUGUGGUGGAGGGGGCACGGGAUGAGGAUGAAGAGGAUAGCGACGAGGAGGACGAUGACGAAGAGAGCCCGAGGAGGCGAGUGGUGUAUCGGUUGAAGGGAGGAAAGAUGAGUGUUUUGGAGAAUGGAGUGGAUGAGUUCGAGCAACUCAUGGAGAAGAGGGUGAAGAAACUACUCCAACAGUGA